GAAGCUGAUUUUUCCGGAUCACGUGAACGCAGCUUAGUUUGCCACGUGACCGCAGUCAGCUGAUCGUCAUGCGGAAGCAGAUGGAAACAUGGUGGAUUCACUGAGCAGGCUACCUGCGGGAGAGAGUCUCAGACUGUGUCACAGGGUGGUGGAUGGACUCUGUGGUCGGGAGCCUCCACGCCGGAAGGACUACAGCGCCACCUGGAGCUUGGAGGAGUGGCUGGACCUCCUGAACUCCCUCACAGCCUUCUUCCGCGUGGCAGUGGGGAACAACAGCUCCGAUGAAGAGGUCCUGGCCGGGCUGUCAGGGAUGAGCAGCAGCAGUCAUGCAGACACUGUGCUGAGUGUACUGAGAGCCCGACGGGAGGAGAUCCGCCGCGCUCUGCAGGACAGAACCAACUCCAUCUCCUCUGCCACACUGCAGGACUUCGACUGGCAGCUGAAGUUAGCUCUGUCCAGUGAUAAGAUCUCGUCCCUGCACACUCCUCUGCUCAGCCUCAGUCUGGAUGUGAGAGAGAACACGGGCCUGCGCUCCUGCACCAUGGAGAUGAACAGAGACGAGUUGAACACGCUCAUCAGUUCACUAGAGGCUGCUAAUAAGGUGGUGCUGCAGCUGAAAUGAGAGGAAGACUGUGCUGGAAGUUUAAGAUUUCACGUCUGCAGAAAGUUGAGGAGAGUUGACUUCACAUGCUGGUUAUAAAAUGAGUGUUAUGCAGAAGUUACAAGUUCUGUUGUAAUCGAGCAACUGAACACUUUCAGUUUGUGUUGUAAUGUGGUCUUGUGUUAUGAGUAUGUCAAAAUAAAUGUCUUUUCCUUUCCAUUCUUUUGUGUUAACUUUAAAAAGUAUCUCUGUUUUACAGAUGGUAGACUAACAGGGUACCUUUAUAUAACUAUGAUACUGAGUCAACAUGUUACCUGAGUCAUGACCCUGGCACAGAAAGGUUCACUUGCUCUGGCACAUUGGAUUAAAGUGAAACAGUUCUUGUAAUGAAA